ACAGGACAGGACAGGACAGAACAGGACAGGACAGGUGUGUGGAGCCAGCAGGUAGUUAUUCAGUAUGCUACAGGACAGAACAGGACAGGACAGGACAGGACAGGCAGGACAGGACAGGACAGGACAGGUGUGAGGAGCCACCAGGUAGUUAUUCAGUAUGCUACAGGACAGAACAGGACAGGACAGGACAGGACAGGCAGGACAGGACAGGUGUGAGGAGCCAGCAGGUAGUUAUUCAGUAUGCUACAGGACAGAACAGGACAGGACAGGACAGGACAGGCAGGACAGGACAGGUGUGAGGAGCCAGCAGGUAGUUAUUCAGUAUGCUACAGGACAGAACAGGACAGGACAGGACAGGACAGGCAGGACAGGACAGGACAGGACAGGUGUGAGGAGCCACCAGGUAGUUAUUCAGUAUGCUACAGGACAGGACAGGACAGGACAGGUGUGAGGAGCCACCAGGUAGUUAUUCAGUAUGCUACAGGACAGGACAGGACAGGACAGGACAGGACAGGACAGGACAGGACAGGACAGGACAGGACAGGACAGGACAGGUGUGUGGAGCCAGCAGGUAGUUAUUCAGUAUGCUACAGGACAGGACAGGACAGGACAGGACAGGACAGGACAGGACAGGACAGGACAGGUGUGAGGAGCCAGCAGGUAGUUAUUCAGUAUGCUACAGGACAGGACAGGACAGGACAGGUGUGUGGAGCCAGCAGGUAGUUAUUCAGUAUGCUACAGGACAGGACAGGACAGGACAGGACAGGACAGGUGUGUGGAGCCAGCAGGUAGUUAUUCAGUAUGCUACAGGACAGGACAGGACAGGACAGGUGUGUGGAGCCAGCAGGUAGUUAUUCAGUAUGCUACAGGACAGGACAGAACAGGACAGGACAGGACAGGACAGGACAGGUGUGAGGAGCCAGACCCUUCUCCACCGAUUGCUCAGUUUGGCCGGGCAGCCAGCUCUAGGAAGAGUCUUGGUGGUUUCAAACUUCUUCCAUUUAAGAAUGAUGGAGGCCACUGUGGGCACCUUCAAUUCUGCACAAAUGUUUUGGUACCCUUCCCCAGAUCUGUGCCUCGACACAAUCCUGUCUCAGAGCUCUACAGACAAUUCCUUCCACUUCAUGGCUUGGUUUUUGCUCUGACGUGCACUGUCAACUGUGGGACCUUAUAUAGACAGGUGUGUGCCUUUCCAAAUCAUGUCCAAUCAAUUAAAUUUACCCCAAGUGGACUCCAAUCAAGUUGCAGAAACAUCUCAAGGAUGAUCAAUGGAAACAGGAUGCACCUGAGCUCAAUUUUGAGUCUCAUAUCAAAGGGUCUGAAUACUUAUGUAAAUAAGUAAAGAAAUGAUGAUCCAUUUUAGAAUAAGGCUGUAAUGUAACAAAAUGUGGAAAAAGUCAAGCGGUCUGAAUACUUUCCGAAUGCACUAAGUAUUGACUCAGGAAGUAAUUACCUAAAUUAAAGUAAAUACCUAUAUAGUGCACCACUUUUGACCAGAGCCCUGUGGGUUUAAAAAGAUGACAAUAUAUCUAUCUCCAUAUUGCACUGGAGACAUUGGGAUGAAGUGAUCACUGUGUUGCUGUGUUGCAGCAGAGCUCUAUGAACCGUUGUGAUGAGACCGGAGCCGACCAGACCACAACCCCCUGUACGUCGUGUGCUGCCUCCCAGACUCAGCAGUGUCCCUGGGGCUUCAAGAAGUACACCACCCAGCCCAUGGAUACCAACAUUGGCCAAGGUGGUUGCAGGUACUCAGUAACCAUCGCUGGGCAACAGGUGGCGUUGGAAGGCUGCAACCACCAAUGUGAGAGGACCGUCACCGUGCCCAAAUGCUGCGCAGAGUUCUGGGGCCCUCUGUGUCUGUGUGAGUACCCUACCCCAAUAGCAGAUAUUUUUAAACAUAUUUUCACGCAUGACGUUUUUUUUAUGGGACAAGUGAUAGUUGGAAUGUAUUGGUGUUUUGUAUUGGUGUUUUGUAGUGGUGUUUUGUAUUGGUGUUUUGUAGUGGUGUUUUGUAGUGGUGUUUUGUAGUGGUGUUUUGUAGUGGUGUUUUGUAGUGGUGUUUUGUAGUGUUGUCUAAUGUACUGUUAUGUUAUAUUACAUGAUGUUAUGUCGGGUCAGAUCAUGAUAAAUGGGUGCCAGCCACUGAAACACAAAGAGAACAUGGGGUUGUAGUAGUCAUCUAAAUCUAAGUCUGUUUCAUGUUAAUUCGCUGAUAUAUGUGUUUCUGCAGCCUGUCCCAGCUGGAAUGGGAGGACCUGUAACUGGCACGGGACCUGCAUGGAUGGAAUAUCAGGGAAUGGGACCUGUGUCUGUAAUGUGAGAACUGGACUUUAAACAUGUUUAACACUCUUCUGGCUCCCUACUCCCUAUGUAGUGCAGAGCCCUGUGGGAAUUGGGAGGCAGAUACAGUGUUAUGUCUGAUUUCUCUGUAAAGUAUACAUUUCCAGGGUGUAAUCUCAAAUGUAUACUGUGUGUAUAAUGUUGAGUACAAUCUUGAAUUUAGAUGUUGUGCUUUCCCCCCCCCGCUCUCUGGCUACUUCCCAAUUGUCCACCAUUUUCCAGAAGUGUGUACCAUUGUCAAAUCUAUGCAAGAAAGUGUGCGAGUGCACACUUCGGGAGAAGGGUGGAGAAUCAAGACUCAGCCUCUGUGUGUUUCACUGUGUUGCCUUGGUCAGGAGGGAUACACGGGCUUUGUCUGCCAGCAGUGUUCCAACAAGAAUUCAUACGGAGACAACUGUAAAUCAGGUACCUAUCUCUCUCUCUCUCUCUCUCUCUCUCUCUCUCUCCCCCCCAUCUCUCUCUCUCUCUCUCCCCAUCUCUCUCCCCCCAUCUCUCUCUCUCCCUCUCUCUCCCUCUCUCUCUCCCCAUAUCUCUCUCUCCCUCUCUCUCUCCCCAUCUCUCUCUCUCUCUCUCCCUAUCUUUCUCUCCCUGCUAUAUCUCUCUUUUCCCCCCAUUUCUCUCUCUUUCUCUCUCCACCAGGAAUAUUCUAACUUGUCAGCUAACGUUGUCAUUGUUGUUUUGGUGUGUUGUCCAGAGUGUGACUGUGUGAAUGGAGAGUGUAACAACGGUCCUGAUGGAAAUGGAGAGUGCUACUGCCAGCCUCCAUACACUGGGCCCAGGUGUGACCAAGGUAACCCCCUCCUCCUUUACACCAGAAUGGCACCCUAUCCCCUACAGGCUAUAGGUUAGGAGAGUUAGGGUCAGGGGUUAUAGGUUAGGAGAGUUAGGGUCAGGGGUUAUAGGUUAGGAGAGUUAGGGUCAGGGGUUAUAGGUUAGGAGAGUUAGGGUCAGGGGUUAUAGGUUAGGAGAGUUAGGGUCAGGGGCUAUAGGUUAGGAGAGUUAGGGUCAGGGGUUAUAGGUUAGGAGAGUUAGGGUCAGGGUUAGGAGAGUUAAGGUCAGGGGUUAUAUGUUAGGAGAGUUAGGGUCAGGGGUUAUAGGUUAGGAGAGUUAGGGUAAAAAAGUAUUUGAUUCCAUUUUUACAUUUAGCAGAUGCUCUUAUCCAGAGUGACUUACAGGAGCAAUUAGGGUUAAGUGCCUUGCUUAAGGGCACAUCGACAGAUUUUUCACCUAGUCGGCUCGGGGAUUAGAACCAGCGACCUUUCGGUUACUGGCACAACGCUUUUAACCACUAAGCUACCUGCCUCCCCUGCUGAUUUUGUACGUUUGCCCACUGACAAAGAAAUGAUCAGUCUAUAAUUUUAAUGGUAGGUUUAUUUGAACAGUGAGAGACAGAAUAACAACAACAAAAUCCAGAAAAACAAAUGUCAAAAAUGUUACAAAUUGAUUUGCAUUUUAAUGAGGGAAAUAAAUAUUUGACCCCCUCUCAAUCAGAAAGAUUUCUGGCUCCCAGGUGUCUUUUAUACAGGUAACGAGCUGAGAUUAGGAGCACACUCUUAAAGGGAGUGCUCCUAAUCUCAGCUUGUUACCUGUAUAAAAUACACCUGUCCACAGAAGCAAUCAAUCAAUCAGAUUCCAAACUCUCCACCAUGGCCAAGACCAAAGAGCUCUCCAAAGAUGUCAGGGAUUAAAUUGUAGACCUACACAAGGCUGGAAUGGGCUACAAGACCAUCGCCAAGCAGCUUGGUGAGAAGGUGACAACAGUUGGUGCGAUUAUUCGCAAAUGGAAGAAACACAAAAGACCUGUCAAUCUCCCUCGGCCUGGGGCUCCAUGCAAGAUCUCACCUCGUGGAGUUGCAAUGAUCAUGAGAACGGUGAGGAAUCAGCCCAGAACUACACGGGAGGAUCUUGUCAAUGAUCUCAAGGCAGCUGGGACCAUAGUCACCAAGAAAACAAUUGGCAACACACUACGCCAUGAAGGACUGAAAUCCUGCAGCGCCCGCAAGGUCCCUCUGCUCAAGAAAGCACAUAUACAGGGCCGUCUGAAGUUUGCCAAUGAACAUCUGAAUGAUUCAGAGGAGAACUGGGUGAAAGUGUUGUGGUCAGCUCUUUGGCAUCAACUCGUGUUUGGAGGAGGAGGAAUGCUGCCUAUGACCCCAAGAACACCAUCCCCACCAUGGCCUCCCAAGUGGCGCAGUGGUCUAAGGCACUGCAUCGCAGUGCUAGCUGUGCCACUAGAGAUCCUGGUUUGUAUCCAGGCUCUGUUGUAGCCGGCUGCGACCGGGAGACCCAUGGGGCGGCGCACAAUUGGUCCAGGGUAGGGGAGGGAAUGGCUGGCAGGGAUGUAGCUCAGUUGGUAGAGCAUGGUGUUUGCAACGCCAGUGUUGUGGGUUUGAUUCCCACGGGGGGCCAGUAUGAAAAAUAAAUAAUGUAUGCAACUGUAAGUCGCUCUGGAAGAGCGUCUACUAAAUAAAAUAAAAAAUCAAACAUGGAGGUGGAACAUUAUGCUUUGGGGGUGUUUUUCUGCCAAGAGGACAGGACAACUUCACCGCAUCAAAGGGACGAUGGAUGGGGCCAUGUACCGUCAAAUCUUGGGUGAGAACCUCCUUCCCUCAGCCAGGGCAUUGAAAAUGGGUCGUGGAUGGGUAUUCCAGCAUGACAAUGACCCAAAACACACGGCCAAGGCAACAAAGGAGUGGCUCAAGAAUAAGCACAUUAAGGUCCUGGAGAGCCAGUCUCCAGACCUUAAUCCCAUAGAAAAUCUGUGGAGGGAGCUGAAGGUUCGAGUUGCCAAACGUCAGCCUCGAAACCUUAAUGACUUGGAGAAGAUCUGCAAAGAGGAGUGGGACAAAAUCCCUCCUGAGAUGUGUGCAAACCUGGUGGCCAACUACAAGAAACGUCUGACCUCUGUGAUUGCCAAUAAGGGUUUUGCCACCAAGUACUAAGUCAUGUUUUGCAGAGGGGUCAAAUACUUAUUUCCCUCAUUUAAAAUGCAAAUCAAUUUAUAACAUUUUUGACAUGCGUUUUUCUGGAUUUGUUGUUAUUCUGUCUCUCACUGUUCAAAUAAACCUACCAUUAAAAUUACAGACUGAUCAUAACUUUGUCAGUGGGCAAACGUACAAAAUCAGCAAGGGAUCAAAUACUUUUUUCCCUCACUGUAUAUAGUGCACUUCUUUUGACCAGAGUACUAUAUGCCCUGGUCAAAGUAGGGCACAAUAUAGGGAAUAGGGUGCCAUUAGUGGUCCAGACCAGAUAUAGUCCAUUGAUAUUGACUGUUUAAAAAAAAACAUGAUUUCACAUGUAAAAUCAUGUUAAAACGUGUUUUUGGAACACCUCACAUGUUUUUGGAACACCUGAUCACGUUUUCACAUAUGUAGUUUCAUGUUAUCACGUUGUUUUACAUGUUGUCACAUUGACUUCAAAUAAGAUCACACGUGAUUACAUAAAAACAUGUGAUUUUGGAACAUUUCACAUGUGUAAUUCAUUAGUUUUGUCCUUAAAGGGAAACCCAGCUUUGACCGUGUUCUGGACAGACAAGCUUUCAAAAAUAAAAUCAAUGGUUUGAUGAUUGUCAUCUUGUUCACAUUUAGUGAUCUCAUUUAGUGAUCUCAUUUAGUGAUCUCAUUCCAGAAAGGUAUUUCAGUAGCUUGGUGUCUUUACUGAUGGUGUGUAUUGUGUUCCCUCCAGUCUCUGCUGCCUGUAAGAACUGCAGUGCCUACUCCCACUGUAAAGGGGUUGUGGAGAAUGCUGUGUGUCAAUGUCUUCCUGGGUUUCACAAGACUGGAGACCGUUGCUCAGGUAACAGAGACCAUAGAUAUUACUAGGGUUGCGAAAUUCUGCUAACUUUCCAAAAAUUCCUAGGUUUCCAAGACAUGCCGCUUUGAGGGUUUCCGGAAAAGGAGGAAAUAAGCAGGAAGUCUGGAAUCUUCCAACCAGACUAGUUACCACUGAUCUGGAAUCCUCCAACCAGACUAGUUACCACUGAUCUGGAAUCCUCCAACCAGACUAGUUACCACUGAUCUGGAAUCCUCCAACCAGACUAGUUACCACUGAUCUGGAAUCCUCCAACCAGACUAGUUGUACUGAUCUGGAAUCCUCCAACCAGACUAGUUACCACUGAUCUGGAAUCCUCCAACCAGACUAGUUACCACUGAUCUGGAAUCCUCCAACCAGACUAGGUGUCACUGAUCUGGAAAUCUCCAACCAGACUAGUUGUACUGAUCUGGAAUCCUCCUACCAGACUAGUUGUCACUGAUCUGGAAUCCUCCAACCAGACUAGUUGUACUGAUCUGGAAUCCUCCAACCAGACUAGUUGUCACUGAUCUGGAAUCCUCCAACCAGACUAGUUGUCACUGAUCUGGAAUCCUCCAACCAGACUAGUUGUCACUGAUCUGGAAUCCUCCAACCAGACUAGUUGUACUGAUCUGGAAUCCUCCAACCAGACUAGUUAUCACUGAUCUGGAAUCCUCCAACCAGACUAGUUAUCACUGAUCUGGAAUCCUCCAACCAGACUAGUUACCACUGAUCUGGAAUCCUCCAACCAGACUAGUUGUACUGAUCUGGAAUCCUCCAACCAGACUAGUUGUACUGAUCUGGAAUCCUCCAACCAGACUAGUUGUACUGAUCUGGAAUCCUCCAACCAGACUAGUUGUACUGAUCUGGAAUCCUCCAACCAGACUAGUUGUACUGAUCUGGAAUCCUCCAACCAGACUAGUUGUACUGAUCUGGAAUCCUCCAACCAGACUAGUUACCACUGAUCUGGAAUCCUCCUACCAGACUAGUUGUCACUGAUCUGGAAUCCUCCAACCAGACUAGUUGUCACUGAUCUGGAAUCCUCCAACCAGACUAGUUGUACUGAUCUGGAAUCCUCCAACCAGACUAGUUGUACUGAUCUGGAAUCCUCCAACCAGACUAGUUGUACUGAUCUGGAAUCCUCCAACCAGACUAGUUACCACUGAUCUGGAAUCCUCCAACCAGACUAGUUGUACUGAUCUGGAAUCCUCCAACCAGACUAGUUGACACUGAUCUGGAAUCCUCCAACCAGACUAGUUACCACUGAUCUGGAAUCCUCCAACCAGACUAGUUACGACUGAUCUGGAAUCCUCCAACCAGACUAGUUGUCACUGAUCUGGAAUCCUCCAACCAGACUAGUUGUACUGAUCUGGAAUCCUCCAACCAGACUAGUUGUACUGAUCUGGAAUCCUCCAACCAGACUAGUUGUACUGAUCUGGAAUCCUCCCACCAGACUAGUUGUACUGAUCUGGAAUCCUCCAACCAGACUAGUUGACACUGAUCUGGAAUCCUCCAACCAGACUAGUUACCACUGAUCUGGAAUCCUCCAACCAGACUAGUUGUACUGAUCUGGAAUCCUCCCACCAGACUAGUUGUACUGAUCUGGAAUCCUCCAACCAGACUAGUUACCACUGAUCUGGAAUCCUCCAACCAGACUAGUUGUACUGAUCUGGAAUCCUCCAACCAGACUAGUUGUAUUGAUCUGGAAUUCUCCAACCAGACUAGUUGUCACUGAUCUGGAAUCCUCCAACCAGACUAGUUGUACUGAUCUGGAAUCCUCCAACCAGACUAGUUGACACUGAUCUGGAAUCCUCCAACCAGACUAGUUGUACUGAUCUGGAAUCCUCCAACCAGACUAGUUGUCACUGAUCUGGAAUCCUCCAAUCAGACUAGUUGUACUGAUCUGGAAUCCUCCAACCAGACUAGUUGUCACUGAUCUGGAAUCCUCCAACCAGACUAGUUACCACUGAUCUGGAAUCCUCCAACCAGACUAGUUGACACUGAUCUGGAAUCCUCCAACCAGACUAGUUGUACUGAUCUGGAAUCCUCCAACCAGACUAGUUGCCACUGAUCUGGAAUCCUCCAACCAGACUAGUUGACACUGAUCUGGAAUCCUCCAACCAGACUAGUUGUACUGAUCUGGAAUCCUCCAACCAGACUAAUUACCACUGAUCUGGAAUCCUCCAACCAGACUAGUUACCACUGAUCUGGAAUCCUCCAACCAGACUAGUUGUCACUGAUCUGGAAUCUUCCAACCAGACUAGUUGACACUGAUCUGGAAUCCUCCAACCAGACUAGUUACCACUGAUCUGGAAUCCUCCAACCAGACUAGUUGUCACUGAUCUGGAAUCCUCCAACCAGACUAGUUGUCACUGAUCUGGAAUCCUCCCACCAGACUAGUUGUCACUGAUCUGGAAUCCUCCAACCAGACUAGUUGUCACUGAUCUGGAAUCCUCCUACUAGACUAGUUGUACUGAUCUGGAAUCCUCCAACCAGACUAGUUACCACUGAUCUGGAAUCCUCCAACCAGACUAGUUGUACUGAUCUGGAAUCCUCCAACCAGAAUAGUUGUACUGAUCUGGAAUCCUCCAACAAGACUAGUUACCACUGAUCUGGAAUCCUCCUACCAGACUAGUUACCACUGAUCUGGAAUCCUCCAACCAGACUAGUUGUACUGAUCUGGAAUCCUCCAACCAGACUAGUUACCACUGAUCUGGAAUCCUCCAACCAGACUAGUUGUACUGAUCUGGAAUCCUCCAACCAGACUAGUUAUCACUGAUCUGGAAUCCUCCUACCAGACUAGUUGUACUGAUCUGGAAUCCUCCUACCAGACUAGUUGUACUGAUCUGGAAUCCUCCAACCAGACUAGUUGUACUGAUCUGGAAUCCUCUUACCAGACUAGUUACCACUGAUCUGGAAUCCUCCAACCAGACUAGUUACCACUGAUCUGGAAUCCUCCAACCAGACUAGUUGACACUGAUCUCGAAUCCUCCAACCAGACUAGUUGUACUGAUCUGGAAUCCUCCAACCAGACUAGUUGUACUGAUCUGGAAUCCUCCAACCAGACUAGUUGACACUGAUCUGGAAUCCUCCAACCAGACUAGUUACCACUGAUCUGGAAUCCUCCUACCAGACUAGUUGUACUGAUCUGGAAUCCUCCAACCAGACUAGUUGCACUGAUCUGGAAUCCUCCAACCAUACUAGUUGACACUGAUCUCGAAUCCUCCAACCAGACUAGUUGUACUGAUCUGGAAUCCUCCUACCAGACUAGUUGUACUGAUCUGGAAUCCUCCAACCAGACUAGUUACCACUGAUCUGGAAUCCUCCAACCAGACUAGUUGUCACUGAUCUGGAUUCCUCCCACCAGAGUAGUUGUCACUGAUCUGGAAUCCUCCAACCAGACUAGUUGUCACUGAUCUGGAAUCCUCCUACUAGACUAGUUGUACUGAUCUGGAAUCCUCCAACCAGACUAGUUACCACUGAUCUGGAAUCCUCCAACCAGACUAGUUGUACUGAUCUGGAAUCCUCCAACCAGAAUAGUUGUACUGAUCUGGAAUCCUCCAACAAGACUAGUUACCACUGAUCUGGAAUCCUCCUACCAGACUAGUUACCACUGAUCUGGAAUCCUCCAACCAGACUAGUUGUACUGAUCUGGAAUCCUCCAACCAGACUAGUUACCACUGAUCUGGAAUCCUCCAACCAGACUAGUUGUACUGAUCUGGAAUCCUCCAACCAGACUAGUUAUCACUGAUCUGGAAUCCUCCUACCAGACUAGUUGUACUGAUCUGGAAUCCUCCUACCAGACUAGUUGUACUGAUCUGGAAUCCUCCAACCAGACUAGUUGUACUGAUCUGGAAUCCUCUUACCAGACUAGUUACCACUGAUCUGGAAUCCUCCAACCAGACUAGUUACCACUGAUCUGGAAUCCUCCAACCAGACUAGUUGACACUGAUCUCGAAUCCUCCAACCAGACUAGUUGUACUGAUCUGGAAUCCUCCAACCAGACUAGUUGUACUGAUCUGGAAUCCUCCAACCAGACUAGUUGACACUGAUCUGGAAUCCUCCAACCAGACUAGUUACCACUGAUCUGGAAUCCUCCUACCAGACUAGUUGUACUGAUCUGGAAUCCUCCAACCAGACUAGUUAUCACUGAUCUGGAAUCCUCCUACCAGACUAGUUGUACUGAUCUGGAAUCCUCCUACCAGACUAGUUGUACUGAUCUGGAAUCCUCCAACCAGACUAGUUGUACUGAUCUGGAAUCCUCUUACCAGACUAGUUACCACUGAUCUGGAAUCCUCCAACCAGACUAGUUACCACUGAUCUGGAAUCCUCCAACCAGACUAGUUGACACUGAUCUCGAAUCCUCCAACCAGACUAGUUGUACUGAUCUGGAAUCCUCCAACCAGACUAGUUGUACUGAUCUGGAAUCCUCCAACCAGACUAGUUGACACUGAUCUGGAAUCCUCCAACCAGACUAGUUACCACUGAUCUGGAAUCCUCCUACCAGACUAGUUGUACUGAUCUGGAAUCCUCCAACCAGACUAGUUACCACUGAUCUGGAAUCCUCCAACCAGACUAGUUGACACUGAUCUGGAAUCCUCCAACCAGACUAGUUGUCACUGAUCUGGAAUCCUCCAACCAGACUAGUUACCACUGAUCUGGAAUCCUCCAACCAGACUAGUUACCACUGAUCUGGAAUCCUCCUACCAGACUAGUUACCACUGAUCUGGAAUCCUCCAACCAGACUAGUUGUACUGAUCUGGAAUCCUCCAACCAGACUAGUUGUACUGAUCUGGAAUCCUCCAACCAGACUAGUUGACACUGAUCUGGAAUCCUCCAACCAGACUAGUUGUACUGAUCUGGAAUCCUCCAACCAGACUAGUUGUACUGAUCUGGAAUCCUCCAACCAGACUAGUUACCACUGAUCUGGAAUCCUCCAACCAGACUAGUUACCACUGAUCUGGAAUCCUCCAACCAGACUAGUUGUACUGAUCUGGAAUCCUCCAACCAGACUAGUUGUCACUGAUCUGGAAUCCUCCAACCAGACUAGUUGUACUGAUCUGGAAUCCUCCAACCAGACUAGUUGUCACUGAUCUGGAAUCCUCCAACCAGACUAGUUGACACUGAUCUGGAAUCCUCCAACCAGACUAGUUACCACUGAUCUGGAAUCCUCCAACCAGACUAGUUGACACUGAUCUGGAAUCCUCCAACCAGACUAGUUACCACUGAUCUGGAAUCCUCCAACCAGACUAGUUGUACUGAUCUGGAAUACUCCAACAGGACUAGUUGACACUGAACUUACUAUGCAUGUUGUGUAGAUGAAGUAGCAUGUGAUUUCACUAUAACAUUGAAUGGCAUUUAAGACAUUGCAGCUAUGUUCUUCAUUGUUAUUCAAGUCAAUGUAUUCUAUUUAACUUAUUCACCUUAAACUUUGAAGCCAAAUUAUUAUAUUCUGCUCUAUUCUGUUCUAUUCUGUUCUAUUCCAUUAUAUUCUAUUCCAUGUUAAUUCCCAGGUGUUUGUUCAGCCAAGCAGUGUGAUGUGAAUGCGCACUGUUCUUGGCUGGGGGGGCGGGUGUUCAAGUGCCAGUGUAAGGAAGGUUACCAAGGGAAUGGCCGGGUAUGUGUUCCUAUCAACCCAUGUGACAAGGACAACGGAGGAUGUCCUCGCAACUCCACCGUCUGUGUCUACACCAGCCCUGGCAGGGUGAGUCUGUGUCUAUACCAGCAGAGU